CAAAAACAGACACACGUCAGUGGCUGUACAAGGACGUUUUGGCACCAUGUCCCGACGACCAAAGGGCCGCAUGAAGGAGAACGUCGCCGGCGAAGUGUACGACUCUAACGCGAUUCAACUACCGCGGGGAAAUUCCAGCUCGUCCGCCGUCUCGGCGGAACAAAAGGCUCAAUUUGACCAAAUGACACAAAUGAUGCGAUCCAUGGGAAUGCCAAUUCCGCCAGGCAUGACGCCGGAGCGAAUGCAACAAGCCAUGCAAGCCAUGGGCAUGGGUGGUAUGGGUGGCUUUCCCGGUAUGGGCGGGUCCCCAGGAAUGCCCGGUGGUGGUAUGCCAGGCUUCCCUGGAAUGGACAUGGACCCGGACGACAUGGAAGAAUUGAUGGGGUUGAACCGUGGACCAGCUGCAAUCUUCGGCAACACUUCGCCGAACGUGGACUUUUCUCGAUGGUCGACUCUUUACCCGAACUACAUCGACUCGUCAAAGACGAACGCCGAGGGACGGCGCAUUGCAAAGAACCUUGCGUGCGAUAAGCCCCUUGCCGAGGAGAUGGGCGAAGUCUGCCGAUACUUCCAGCUCAUGUAUGUCAUUGAGCCAUAUAAGCGGUAUUCUCGAGACGCAAUUGUUGAAGGCCGUGUACGAGUCAAGCUGACCGAAAACGGUCGGUUUCUCCACAACGAGAUCCACACGCGCAAGGACCUGAUGCUCAAAAUGGGGGAGCUUAUUCCGAAGCUGCAAAUUCGCACGGAGCGUCUGGCGAAGGAGCUUGAGGCCGCCAAAGCAUCGUCAGCAGGACCUUCCUCUGCGACUUCGUCCAGCAGUGUGUCCAAGAAGAAGGGGAAGAAGAAAGGCAAAAGAUAAACUACCGCAAUACGUGUUCUCAUUGAAGAACUAAAUCUUGAACACUCUUGAUCUACACUUGUAAAGUGCCA